AGCUUUGUCCUGCCGCCAAGCUUAUCCCCUGGUCUAUUUGCACGCAGAAGCUACGAUUCUCCCUGUUGCCUCAUCCUAAAAAAUGCUUAAAUACUUUUACCAAGGAUGAGUUUUAUCGGUAUAACACCACAAUAAGUUUAUUAUUAUUGCUUAGAUUAAUUAGUGUUUAAUAGUAAUUACUAUUUAUUAUUAUUUAUUGUUUGAAAAUGGUACUUUAACAAAUUUAUACAUUGAGACUUAUUAGACACAUUGUUACGUUAUAUUAACAUCAGUGAUGACACAGCAAAAUAAAACGAUGAAUUUUUAUAUACAAGACGCCCAUGGACACCCGCAAUUUAUUAAGGUUGUACAGAGUACACCUAAUAAAGGUGCAUUGAGUGGCAUAGUGGGAGCCACUAAUACGAGUGGGAUAAAAGUAUUCAAGGCACCUGGCCAGGACUCACAGGUUUUACAAACUGGAACACAAGUCUUGAGGACCAUAAGUUUGCAGAGUCAAUCAACGCCUGGCCAAAGACUUGUGACAAUUCCACUGCAAAAUGCUAAAGUGUCGACAGUCAAAAGUGGAGAUACUCAAGGUGCUAAAACUAUACAGUUAACGUCUGCUCAAAUGAGCAACAUUAAACAGGCUAUUGUGACACAGCAUCAAACUGGCGGUCAGCAAAUUAUUAAAGAUGCGUCUGGAAAAACAUUUGUCACUCCGUUACUUGAUCAUUCGACCAAUCGGAAGCGCUAUGAUGCCGAUGGCCAUGACUAUGUGCCACACAAACGAAGAAAAUCUGAAAAAGUUGGCAAGGGUUUACGACACUUUUCAAUGAAAGUAUGUGAAAAAGUUAAGAAAAAAGGCACAACAUCCUACAAUGAAGUAGCCGAUGAACUUGUCGGGGAAUUUACAAACCCAGCACACAUGAAUUCAAUAACUGAUCAGCAGUACGAUCAAAAAAAUAUAAGACGACGUGUCUACGACGCACUUAAUGUUUUAAUGGCCAUGAACAUCAUUUCAAAAGAAAAGAAAGAGAUUAGAUGGCUAGGGCUACCAACGAAUUCACUGCAAGAAUGCGUGUCAUUGGAAAAGGACAAAAAGAAAAAAAUUGAACGAAUCAAAACGAAAACUCAACAGCUACAUCAGCUUAUACUUCAGCAUAUUUCAUUUAAAAAUUUGGUUGAACGUAACAGUUGCAAUGAAAAACUCCAUGGUCCACCGAAACCAAACUCAGCAAUACAAUUACCGUUUAUUAUAUUGAAUACUAGCAAAAAGACUGUUGUUGACUGCAGCAUCACAAACGACAAAUCCGAGUACCUGUUCAAUUUUAAUAAUAAAUUUGAAAUUCAUGACGACAUUGAAGUUUUAAAACGCAUGGGCUUGGCUUUUGGUUUAGAAAGCGGAAAGUGCGUGGAAGAAAAUUUACGGCGAGCUAAAUCGAUGGUGCCUAAAUCGCUGGAAAAAUAUGUUGAACAGAUGGCCUCAGGCGAUUUAGACAAGUUUAUCCCUGUGACUAUUCCCGGACCAAGUGCGCCGACAGAAGAUGUGGAAAUAAAAAUGGAAGGUUCCGGCUCGCGGCCACCGUCCUCAUCGCACACUUCGUUAUCCGAAGAAGCGCUGUCUCCUCCAUCCCACUACUUCUCGGAGGACGAAGAAGAAGAAGAAGAAAUGAGCGAGCAAGAUGAUCCAGUUGACAGUGACGUUGAUGUUAACUAGCACUUGGGUUGAACUUGGAAUCAAUUUUUUAAUAUUAAUUAUUAUUGAUAAAAAAAUGAAUGAAAAAGAAAACAAAAAAAUAACAGAUUAUGUCUUUGCUUUGCAAAAUCAAUGGUACCUAUUAAGACACACAAUUACGAACGACGCAUUAGAUCUUAACACCCAAAUUUAAAUUUUAAAUAACAUGUUCUUUAUGCUAUUAUACUUGGAUAUUAAUUAUACAGAUCAAUUAUUAGAAUCUAUUUUAAUUAUUGAUAGAUCUAUUAUUAAAUGCCGUGAUAAUUUGUUACUGCAUUAGAGUAUUAAUGCAAAUGUGGCUUGAAUUAUUAUUAUUAUUAUUAUUUUUUUUUUUUUUUCUGUAUCAUUAGACAAGUACUGAGUAUUUGUGAAUAUAAAUUUAUAAUCGAGAUGAAUAACAAUUGAUAAAUAAUUUUAAUGACUUCUUAUCAAGUGAUUGACAGUAAAAAAAAUAUUUAUCAUCCAAUUUUGUAUCAGAUAUUGAGAAGCUCAUUAAUGAGCUUAUUUAUUAUUAUAUCGUAUUAUUUCUUGAGAUAAAUUAAAAUAAUGAAUGGUAACGUUAAGUAUAAAGACAAAGGAUACUGAUAAUUAAAAAUUAAAAUUUAAAUGACAAAUGUGUGCAAGGAUUACUCGGUGCUAUUCUAAUCGCGCAUCGUGUCAGGUUUAUAUACCUAGAAUGUAUGUAUUAUAAAUUAUAAUCCAAUCAAUAUUAUCUCGAGUAUAUGUAUAAAAAAAAAGUAUAACUACUCAUUUUCAUAUGGCACAUUUAUAUUAACAACUUAAAAUUUAUAAGUAACAAAUUUAUUAAAAAGAAAACAAAAUUAUUAAAAGUAAUUUUAAUUAUAAUUCAGUCUUGGAUACAUUUAAUUGUAAUAUUAUAAUUAUUAUUAUAAAUAUUAAUAUUUUAUUUCAGAUCCAAUUUUUAGAAUUUAUUAUUAUUAUUAUUAUUAUUAUUAUUAUUA